AUGGUCGUUGCUCGUAAAGCUUUGAUUGCGGUCGGUGUCCUCGUGGUCAUCGGCGUAGUUGUUGGUAUCAUUAUCAACUUUACCAGCGGUGGCGACAAUGAGAAUGCUAAUACCCGAACUUCUGGAAAAAGUCUGACGAAUACGGUACGGGACAGAACUCCAGAUGUGUCCGAGUCAGAUUUGCUCACAAACUCGACCUCCAAUAGCAGUGGCUCGACUUUUUACGAGCCUGAAAGUGAUCCGGAAGAAGCCAAAGUCGCUUUGACAAUGAUUGCUAUUGGGGACUGGGGUGCCACGACGGACAAGCCCGGCUCGUGCUGCAAUAAGUAUCGUAAAGUGGCUAACGACUCGCUUGAGAUGAAGAUUGAUUACUGGUCCCAGAUAAACAUUGCAGAACUCAUGGCACAGGCCGCCAGCGAUAUUAAACCGUUACGUAUUAUCGGUCACGGUGACAACAUUUACUGGAAUGGCGCUGGUCCAGGAGAUAUUGAAUACCGCAUGGAAACAACGUUUGAGAGCGUGUACGAUCAACCAGAGCUUAAGGGUAUUCCGUGGAUUAACGUCGUGGGCAACCAUGAUCUUGGUGGCUCCGAGUACAUUUGUGGCGACAAAGAUUACAAUUUUCGCGAGUGCAAGAGUACAGAAGAGUUGCUUAAGUACUUAAAUCUUAAAUUUACACUGCAGCAAAAGUACAAGAGUGCUAACAGUGAUCGUUGGAAACUCUCCGACCACUAUUAUGUCGAAAGCGUCAAAGCAAAUGGGGUGUCAGUCGAUAUUUUCAAUAUCGACACGAACUUUGCCGAUUCGCACGGAGUGAUGCAGAUAUGCUGUCAAUGCUAUGGCUAUGUCAAGAAGAAAGAUCUGAGCGCUGCUGAGGCGAAAAAGCUCGGCAGCACGUGUAAUGACCGGAUACCUGGUGACGAAUUAUGCGCUGGUGGCAACAUUGAAAUGUACAAUGCUUGUGCUGACACCAUUAAAAGUUGGUGGGACGACUCGCUCAAACAAGUCAAGAGGGAUUUAAUGGCGUCAACGGCUACGUGGAAAGUGAUUAAUUCACACUACUCUCCGCACUUUCAUAUGAGCGAAGAUAAGAUGAAAGAGUGGUUUUUGAUAACUAAGGAAGGUGGAGCUCACGUCUGGUUAAACGGUCAUACGCAUGGCUUCAACCAUGACAUUAGUAAUUGGGGCACUCACUUCUAUGAAAAUGGGGGAGGAGGUGGAAUACAGUCUGAGACGUCAGGCAUGCCCCCGAUGGUAGCAAAAAAGUACGUGAAACACGCGUGGAUCGCAGCUGGAAAUCCUUAUGGUUUUUUUAUGCUGCACUUUUCGGAAGACUGGCUAAAGACGGAAUUUGUGACUUUUGAUAACUCGUGGACUUUUAGCAUUAACAAAGACGAGAUUGUCAAAGGUGGUUAUCAAAAGGUCGGUUCUUCACGCAGUACAUUGGCUCAGUGCGUCCAUCAUGAAACGCUUUUGCUUGCAUUUUCAACAAUGCGAAUAUUAAAGCGUUCGCUUGCUGACUGCUCGGAUUCUCGAUGUGAUUGUGAAAAAUGA